CCCGCGCCUCUGCUUUCGCAACCUCAAGACUCCUCCGAGCGCCGCGCGGAUACUGCACCAAAACUUUGCCCUCUUCCACAUCGGCCUCGAGACCAUGAUGUCCAAGGCGGCCUCUGCUCUGGCCAGCCUCUCGCUCGCGCGGGCCCUCGCGGGCCAGCGCCAGGAGGCCAAGAGCACCGCCUGCGACUGCCUGGAGUUUGCGGCGGUCUACUACGACAACCUCGCCUCCUGCGGCCGCGCCAAGGAGCUGUAUUUCCUCACCAAGUACGGCGCCUCCGAGGCCUACGCUCCCACCGAGCCCAUCGCGGGCUUGCCGCAUCAGGUCUGCAACAACUUCUUCAAGAACUUCAAAAACAACUCCUGCGUCAACGUCGACCUGUACUCCUUCCCGAGCGAGACGAGCGAUGCUAGCGCAGGUCAGUCGUGGUGCUACGUGUCCAACGAGUGCCUCAAUUUGAACGGUGGCACCUUCGCGACCAACAAGCUCGGCUUCGCGCUGGGUGGGUGGAACAAUCUCCAGAGCACGAGCAACCUUUCCUGGAAGGUCUGCGACGGUAACUCGGACAGCGUCUUGAAGGACAAGACGAUGGACGAGCUGAUCGCGAUCGGCGCCGAGAGCGACGUCAGCAUGGCUAUGCUUCUGCGGUACGCUUAUCCAGCCGUGUCCAUCACAUGGGGCGAGGCCAGGGACUUCAUGGAGACCCUCAACGACGCCGACCACUGGAACGACGCGCUCUCGCUGACCGACAACGUCAACGCCAUUGCGACGCCGCCGUCGACGUGGGGCACCAGACUCCCCUUCGUGUACUCGACGCUUAGCAGCAUCGUCACCUCCGAGCAGGGCACGAUCCUCGACUCGCCGGGGCACAGGGACGAGUUCCACGUGGUCAUCGGCCGCGAAGUGUGGGAAGUGAAGAGGAGCGACCAGGGCAACAUGGCCUACCUUGCUGGCAAGUUCUACUUGGAGUUCGAGGUGCUCUGCCGCUUCGGCUGCUCCUCCACAGCGAGGGAGGCACCCCUCGACCUGCUGACGCAGUGAGCGGGCGAGUGGGGACCGAGCUGAGACCCCCUCUGUUGCUUUUCGACCAGUACAGUUUCUCCUUUCCUUCUCCUCCAUCCUUUGUCUCCAGUAUAAUCGUUAGCAAGCGUGGGCCCUACGCAGUGUGUUUCCAGCAUUCAAUGUGACACAAUCCCGUGCCACUGUGAUGACGGUGAGAUUCGCCCAUCCCUUUCCACGUGGACGUGGAGGGGUCUCCUCUCCUUUCAGCCCCCUGCUCCGUCUCCUCUUCCCCCUCGAGGAGGAGGAGAAGCUGGAAGAGGAGGAGGGCCGGAUGCCACAUUAACUUUCGAGCCCAAGCUCGCGGAGUGUGGAAUGUGGAACUAACUGGCCA